CUUAGUUGCUGCUAUUUUUAUAUAUGCUUAUGUUUUCUGAAUUUUCUCAUUUUUAUUACAAUAUUUAAGUUGUAGUGAUAUAAUGUGAUUUUUAAAAGAUAAAUCUAAUAACUUAAGUUGGGAAUUUUUUGUGAGUUACAAAACUUUAUUCUUCAAAAUUUUCUUUUAAAUUUGAUUUCGAUGUAAGUUUAGCGCUAAGAGUACUUAGUAAUUCUGUAUGAAACUUCCGUAUGAUUAUAACUAGCAAAUUGGCAAUGAUUUUUAUGGUGAUCAAAGAAAUGCUUGAAGGUCGAUGAAAUAAAUUUGUUCCUUAAUAAUUUUAAAUAAUCAACUUCAAAUAACCUUUUUAAUUUAUGGGCGACGCCAGAGUUUAUUCUUACACUCCUCUAUAACUCUUUCGUUUUCCAUCCAAAAUUUUAAUAUAUCAACAAAAACUUGAAUCCAAUCUUUUGUUGCUCGACCACAUAUCUAAAUAUCACAAUAGACAAAUGAACAAUUCGUUGUUUAAAUGACUAUUGUUCCAUACUUCCAUAAUAUCAUGUCACUAUACAUUCAAUUGUUUCUAUCUUAAAUCCGACGGUUAAGGUUACUUAAAUUAGCAUCCUUUCUGAUUCUACCAAUUAUAAGCACACUUUUUGUGAUUAAACUUUGUCACUCACCCCCCUUUUAAGCGACAAAUUAGUAAUAAAAUAAACCUUGGACAAUAGCCCUGAUGGUGGAGCCACAUAGUGACGAAUCUAUUAAGAGAAUCACGCAUACAAUAGUGGUUGGCGAAUCUCUCUAAAAAAUGAUCUCUUAAGUUUAUACUUCAAAAUAUUAUUCGACAUUGGGAAAACAUAGCAACAUUCACUUCCCUAACACAUAAAAAUAAUUUUAUCGAGCCAAUCGAUGAUUGCAUUAGUGCACAUACACACACAAACCUUAUGCGUCAUUAGUCGAAUGCAUUUUUAACUUAUACUCAGCUAAUCUUCUUCGAUGCGUUGAGUUUUAGUAACAUUUUGUAAAAACUUUAUAAUAUUUCUAAAUUAAAAGUCUAAAUCAUAAGAUAUAAUGGAACUAAAAACUACUUGAAAAUGUAGACAUGCGCGCGGGAACAUAUAAAGGAGCACAUCUAUAUGUAAUAUAUAUUCCAUGCAUGUAAAUUGUAAGCUUACUAUAUGUUGGAAAGGAGUAAAGGCAUACAGCUAAUAAAUUAACAAGUAUAAAAUUGUCGUUUCAUGACUCCUUUGGACACUAAUCUAGCAAACAUCCAUAUAUAAUUAGGCCAUGCAGUUAUCUAUAUAAAAAAACUUAGGCCAUGCAUAAAUUUAGGCAUGUCAUCCUAAAGAUUCUAGUGGGAGAAUAUUAUUAUACUAUUUCUUAUUUGUGCUAAAUUUUGUUUUCAUUAUUCUUAUUAUUUUAAAAAUAGAUCAAUGAAUAUAUAUAUAUAUAUAUAUAUAUAUGAUAGUCGUUUUUCAAAAUAAAAUGCAUAAACGCUUUAAUUUGAAUAUUUGUCAUAAAGUACUGUACCUUUCACAAAAAGGAUUUUCCAAAAAAUUACUGUGAUUUUGAAACUAAAAAACUAUAAUUUUUAAUUCCAAAUAUAAUAAUAAUGUUAAUAAAUAAAUAAUUGUAUAGCAAAAAUUAGUGGAUGUUUAGAUCCAAAUAAAUAAUACCUAAGUAUAGCGAAAAUAACUAAAAGAGAUAUUGUAAAAUUAUUAAAGCAAUAUAUUAAUUUUAAAUAUUAUAAAGGUCCAUAUAAAAAAAUUCAAAUGGAUUUUCAAAAACACUUUAGACCAUAUUUAUUACAUAUAUUUAAAAGAUUUUUAAUUUUUCAAAUUAUUUUUUAAUAUUUUAAAUUAUUUUACUGGAAAUUUGAUUUGAUAUAAUCUCGGAUAUUUGGGCUGACUUUUCAUCGUAUUUAUUUUCUCCCAUAGGCCUAAAACAACGAAACCCAUCAUCAUCCAUCAAUUCUCUGCUUUACAAAACGACACAACUCCACCAGAUUCAGACAAAAGGCCAAACAUCCGCCACGUCACACUUCACAAAAUCAACACCACGUGUCACUUCCACAACUCGUCGAGGAAAAAAAAAAAGAAAGUAGAUGACGUUACAGUUAACAAACCAACCCGCGAAUGUCGGCUUCGUCGUUCUCCUCUCCUCUCACACACCCACUUCGCAGAUUCAACCAUCACCAUCUCUCAAACAAACCCGUUUCCUCUCUGUUCUUCUGCUCCGCCGCGAAAAUGAACGGAAAUAUACACUGUGUACCAGGUCUCGGCGAAGAAGAGAUGGACACGGUUGUUGGAAAAACGUUUGAGAGAUACGCAUUGCCUUCUUCUUCUUCUUCUUCAUCAAAGAGAACCGGCAAAGGAACCACGAUCUUAUGGUUUAGAAACGAUCUUAGAGUUCUUGACAACGACGCAUUGUACAAAGCUUGGUGUUCCUCCGACACCGUUUUGCCUGUUUACUGUCUUGAUCCUCGUCUCUUUCACACUACUCACUUCUUCUCCUUCCCUAAAACAGGAGCUUUGAGAGGUGCGUUUCUUAUGGAAUGUUUGGCUGAUUUGAGAAAGAACCUGAUGAGAAGAGGAUUGAAUCUUCUUAUCCGGAAUGGUAAACCAGAAGACAUUCUUCCUUCUCUUGCCAAAGACUUUGGAGCUCAUACAGUGUUUGCUCAUAAAGAAACGUGCAGCGAGGAGCUACAUGUUGAGAGGCUUGUGGAUAAGGCUUUGAAAGGGGUUGGGAAUGGGACUAAGCUUGAGCUUAUCUGGGGAAGCACAAUGUACCACAAAGAUGAUCUUCCUUUUGAUGUUCUUGAUUUGCCUGAUAUCUACACUCAGUUUCGUAAGUCGGUGGAAGCGAACUGUAGAAUCAGAAGCUCCACUCGUAUUCCACUAUCUUUAGGGCCAACACCUUGUGUUGAUAAAUGGGGAGAUGUUCCAACUCUUGGUCAACUUGGACUUGAGCCACAAGAGGUGACCAGAGGGAUGAGAUUUGUGGGUGGUGAAAGCGCAGGAGUAGGCAGAGUUUUUGAGUACUUUUGGAAGAAGGAUCUUUUGAAAGUAUACAAAGAGACAAGGAAUGGAAUGUUGGGACCUGAUUACUCAACUAAAUUCUCACCAUGGCUUGCCUUUGGAUGUAUCUCUCCUCGGUUUAUCUAUGAAGAGGUUCAAAGAUAUGAAAGAGAAAGAAUAGCAAACAACUCAACAUACUGGGUGUUGUUUGAGUUACUAUGGAGAGAUUACUUCAGGUUUCUUUCAAUCAAGUGUGGCAACUCUUUAUUCCAUCUAGGUGGUCCAAGAAAUGUGCAAGGGGAAUGGAGUCAAGAUAAGAGGCUGUUUGAGUCUUGGAGAGAUGGCAAGACAGGGUAUCCUCUUAUAGAUGCAAACAUGAAGGAGUUAUCCACUACAGGUUUCAUGUCAAACCGAGGCAGACAGAUUGUUUGUUCGUUUCUUGUGAGGGACAUGGGCUUGGACUGGCGCAUGGGUGCUGAAUGGUUUGAGACAUGUCUAUUGGACUAUGAUCCUUGUUCUAAUUAUGGAAACUGGACCUAUGGAGCAGGAGUUGGUAAUGAUCCAAGAGAAGACCGGUACUUCAGCAUCCCCAAGCAAGCACAGAACUAUGAUCCAGAAGGAGAAUACGUAGCGUUUUGGGUGCAGCAGCUGCGUCGGCUUCCAAAAGAGAAGAGGCAUUGCCCAGGGAGAUUGAUGUAUAUGGACACAGUUGUGCCAUUGAAGCAUGGUCAUGGUGGUGGUAAUGCUCAAACGUCUCGAGGGUCAAAGUCUCGUGGUGGUUUCAGAGAUAAUCACAGUGGGAGACGUUGAAGACACCAAAAGGUCCUUAGAGAAACUAUACUUCACAAGAAUUUGUAUUAUCAUUAUUAUUAUUAUAUAUAAACUAUGCAGUAUUCAUAUUGCACGUUUGAUUAAAACUACAUAGCAAUCAUAUAUUUUACACGAUUUAUGAUACAAACAGUCUGUUAGUGUGAGACC